UCAAUUCCCUCCACAACCACAACCCUCUUCUCUUCUCCUCUCCUCUCCUCUCAUUUCUAGCGCUACACGCAUUCUCUCGUGCUUCCUUUCAUUACGACCGGGCGUGUCAAGGCUAUUUUUGAGCUCUUUCCUAUAAGAUCGAUUUCCAUAUCCCUCGACUGCGUGACAAUUCGAUCGUCGGGUUCUAAUUAUUAAUGCAGAUGAAGUAUUUGAACAAUGGCCUAACCCAGAACCCCGAGCCGCGGCAGCGGAGGACGAAGAAGAAUGCGCGGGCGCAGCGGGGAGGAUCAAUUAGCUAUGCCCCGCCGCCGAUAGCGGUGUCCGAGCAGUGCGUCUCGUGCACCACCUUCAACAUCCUCGCGCCCAUCUACAAGCGGCUCGACGACGAGGAGUCGAUUUUCGCCGUCAGAACCCGAUACAAAUGGAACAAUGCGCUAUACCAAUUGUAGGGAGAGCCAGUUCAAAGCCUGUUGGUUGAGCAGGAACCAGAGGAUAAUAGACCGGCUGUUAACGGAUCGUUCCUCAAUAAUUUGCCUCCAAGAGGUGUGGUUGGGGAAUGAUGAGCUUGUUGAUAUGUAUGAUAAGAGGCUUGGAGAUGCUGGCUAUCUCACUUUCAAGCUCGCUCGUACCAAUAAUCGCGGCGAUGGUCUAUUGACGGCUGUACAUAGAGACAAAUUUAGAGUUAUAGCUUAUAAAGAGCUUCUGUUUAAUGAUUUUGGAGAUCGUGUUGCUCAGCUAUUACAUGUUGAGUUGGUUGAACCUUUCUGGAGGAAUCGAAGCAGCGGCAUUCAACAACAAAUAAUCAUUCUGAAUACCCAUUUGUUAUUUCCACAUGAUUACAGUCUUUGUAUAGUUCGUUUGAAGCAGGUGUACAAGAUCCUUCAGUACAUAGAAUUUUAUCAGAAAGAAAAUAAACUUGGUCCUAUUCCUAUUAUACUCUGCGGGGACUGGAAUGGGAGUAAACGUGGGCAUGUUUACAAAUUCCUUAGGUCCCAACAUUAUACGUCAUCAUAUGAUACUGCACAUCACUAUACUGACGGUGAUGCAGAUGCCCAUAAGUGGGUUAGCCAUCGCAAUCAUAGAGGCAACAUAUGUGGAGUCGAUUUUAUAUGGCUCCUUAAUCCCAAUCAGCAUAGGAAACCCCUGAAAACUAGCUGGAAUGAAGCUGUUUUUGGGAUCAUCAAGUAUCUUCUUCGCGUAGCGUCCCUUUCAGAGGAAAAUGCAUUUGCCUUUCUAAAGGCAGAUAAUCCAGGCGAUUAUGUUUCAUAUCCAAGCUUCUCUCAGGCACUGUGUCAGUUAGGCUUAACCGGCCAUCCCAAUGGCCUGAGUUUCCAAGAAACUGAGGAUUUGUGGAUUCAAGCUGACAUUGAUGGAAAUGGUGUCAUGGACUACGAAGAAUUUCAGAAGAAUAUUUGGACCCCUAAACGGUCAGAGCAACCGGGUGAGAAUUUCGAUCAGGGUAUUGAUGGGGAGCUUAAGACAAAUUCAUUGAAACAGCAAGCCUUCGGUCUAAGCGUGAAAGAUGCUGCCCUCUUCCCACCAGAGGUUGAGAAAGGAAUUUGGCCCGAGAAUUACUCUCUCUCUGAUCAUGCGCCACUAACUGCAGUGUUUUCUCCUGUAGAAGUUUCUUGUAGUUUUCCGGUUUGCUAAGCCCCUCCUAUGAUCGGUGGUGGGGAUAGAAUUACAUGUUUGUCAAUGUAAAGGUUGUAUAUUUAUAGGUAGAGAAGAUAGGAUGUUAUCAUAGAAUAAUAUAUGAAUAGCUGAAAGAUGAUAUAUGAAAAAUUAGGUAGGUUAAUUACAAUUUGGUUCCUAAAGUUUGACCCUUUUUUUCAAUUUCACCCUCAGAGCUUCAAUCCUAACUCUUUUUAAUCAUCAGAGCUUGACUGUGAUCUCUAUUUCUUCAUAAAGAGUUUUAAUUUUUGACAUGUGGUCCCUAAAGUUUGGCACUGAUUUCACUUCCAUACUCUAUUUCAAUUCUUAACAAUUCAAACUGUAAAGAUGUGUCGAUGUGUGGCAUCUUUCCAAGGAAGACUAAAGGAAGAACUAGAUUAUUAUGCGAGACAAAUUCAAGAUGUUAAAUUGUCAAAGUGGAAUUAUGAGGAUGAAGUCAAAAUCGGGCUAAAACUUCAUGGACUAUGUUGGUUAGUACAUGUAUGAUAUUUUGGUUCGUUGCCUGCUGAUUUUUUACUUUACAGUGUAACACAAACGAACUUAUUGAUGUGAUAUGUAUCAUAUUCAAAGUGUCUACAGAUGUGUAUGUAGAUGAUACUUUUGCCUCUCCCUGCUAUGAAUUGUAACUGAAAUACUAAUAGUUACCGAAGAGAGAGGAAAUAGUUUUAGCAGCUAUUUGUUUGUUGGAA